UUUGGUUUCUAAGUUGCUUCAGUAGUAUCGUUAUCAUUGUACAGAGCGGAGCGAGGCUCCUUUGUCGUUGUGUUUCCUUUUAUCGUUAUAUCGUUUCAUUACCAGAUCGUUCAGUGUGUCCAUUCCUGAGAUCCCUCGAUCACAACCCGGUUCCUGUCGCAGGGAACAACGCACGUACGCCCCCCUUUACAUAUUGGCGUCCCCGGGAAGGCCUACGCUUGUUGGCGCUUGCGAACUUCGCUUUGGGUUCUAGGGCGCGUGGGAAGCACCCUGGCUAGGGAUUCUUGGGAAAAAUAAUCAACUGAGAGGCUUUUCCCGGAGAGAUUGGGACACGGGAGAGUACGGGAGUAGUGAAAACUCUGAAUUCAGCUAAGUUAGCAGUUCCACACUCCUGAGACGGCUUUACUUCGGUAUUGCCUACAUUGGUAAGGAGAUGUCGUCAGAGAGCGACCGCUCGGAGCAUCGACCUCUCCCGGUGCAUGUGGAGCAAGGGAGCCCACUUCUUACACCGGGAGAUGCAAAGGGAAUACCGGCGCCGGCCGCAAUGCCCACUACUCCGAGCUUGUCUGGAAUGUGGCAGCCGGAAGGCAUGCCGAUGUUGAUGAUGCAGAUGUUGGAGAAACUGUUGGGGACACCCAGAGGUCUGCCGUUGCGAGGAACUUCUGGAGCCCCAACAUUCAAUGGUAAGGAGGUCAGUGAAUUCCUGAGGACCUUACAUUCGUUGUUUAGGAACCAUGGAAUCACGCGAGAGGAGGGCAAGAUAAGUGCCCUGUGUGAUUAUGUAUCAGUAAGUGUGUGUGAGUGGGUAGAGAGUCUCCCUGAAUAUGAGAGGAAGGACUAUGAAGGAUUGGAGAAGCGGCUCCUAGAGGAGUAUCGGGACCAGGAUUCAGCACAGGCCAAGCUCAACAUAGGCUGGCUUAGCAGGUUUGUUGCUCAGAAACGGUCAACAGAUGACAACUUGACCAAGUAUGUUCGCGAAUUUAGCAACGUCUCUGGUGAACUGAUGCGCCGAGGCCAGCUGGUGGAAUUCUUGAGAACAGAGAUGUUCCUGCAGGGUCUGCCGGAGGAGGUGCAGGUUGAAGUGGUAAGGAGGGCGAAGAUUAGCCCUCAGAAGUUCGAGACUAUGAAGUUCGCAAGGGCCCGGGAGGCAGUUGAAGAAUAUCUGGAGGAAGUGGCUGGAUUAAAGUUAAUUCGGCAGGGUCGUGAAGGGAAGCAUGUGAACUUCGCAGGGGAAGUGUCAGCUGCGCAUAGCUUAGUAGUUGUGCAGCCAGAUGGGCGAGUCCCAGAUGAACAACGACAGCCAGAGGACAGAGAACCAGUGUCUACAGGGAAGCGGCAGGUGCCAAGAACAGCCCCGGGAACGAGACACCAGGAAACGCUAGAUGACCUGGCUGAACGGAUGAGGAAAAUGGAAAUCAGCCUCAUGGAGGUGAGACAGAAUGACUUCCGAAGACAUGGGCUAAAUGACAUACCCAACCGACGGGGCUAUGUGCCAAUCGCGGGUGACCAAUGCCGGUUCUGUCUGGAAACGGGUCACACCAACAUACGGGGGACAUGUCCACGGUACCAAGCAUUGGCUGCCCAGGGUCUAUGCCAUAUUGCUGAAGAUGCCAAAGUCCGUUAUGGACCAAUUGGAGGAGCCGGAGAGGUGGUAAGGGUAAUUACCAAUGGUAAGAGCAUGAAGGAGUCCAUUGAGGAAUAUGGAAAACAGCACCAGACUGGAAAUAGUGCAAUGGGUUAUGUACACAACAUGUUAAAAGAAACUGCGUACAUUGAGGAAGUGGAGGAGGAAGAUGAAGAAGGAUUUAUGGAAAGCUUUGUUGAAAUGGAGGUUAAUGCGCUGGUCAAUGCGGAAAAGAGAAAGAUAACCCCAGAGGGGCGUGCAGACCCCAAGCGACGUGCACUGGACGAUGUGGCUAGGAGGGAAGAAGAAAUUCCCAUCUUGAAGACAGUCCGUCCAGGAAGAUAUGAGGAAAUUGAUGAACCUGACGCAGAUGUGGAGAUGGAAGAUCGACCGGACUACCGAGUUAGGGAUGUGGAGGAAGGUUUAAGAAGAUCGUUUGGGGCCCCAAAAGCAAGAGUCCCCCAGAGGAAAGAUGCUCCGAAAGCUAGGCUUAACAAAUUGGCGGAUGAGCUGAAGAAUUCAACGGACAUUAAGGACAUACGGAAUCGGAUUCUGAACACCACGGUGACAUUGUCACUCCAGGAGCUGCUAGGGAUGUCUGAUGGGCUGCAUCGGAGCCUGUUCUCAGGAACCCGACAGCCGGUGACAACGUCUAUCGAAUUCAGCAAAGGAACAGACCCAGGGGUCGUUGCGCGAGUGGGGAACUUAGGGAUGAGGAGCCGCAAGGCGAACCAGAUGGAUUUGGAAGAAACGGGGUAUGAUGAUGAAGAACCUCCGUUAUAUGUCUGUGAAACUCUAGCGGCGUGGAUCCAGAUACUGGAGGAUCCACAAAGGGUUCAGGCAUUGCUGGAUGGAGGUGCGGAAAUCAAUGUGAUGCAAGCCUGGCUAGCAGAAAAACAUGCACUGCCAGUCACUCUGCACGCCAAAGGAACGAUGAGAAGUGCCAACGGAGGUCUCACGCCGUUUGUUGGAAUCUGCGAGCGGGUACCAGUACGGAUUGGGAGUUUCCAAUAUUAUGUCCCUUUCUUCAUUGUGGACACGCGCGGCGGACAUGCAGUGGUGCUGGGGAGGCCAUUUGAACACAUGAGCCGUAUGGCGCACACGAACACAGCUUCCGGGGCGGUCAUCACAACGAUUUAUUCAAUGGACAGGACGAAGGUCGCGAGAAUGAAGGUUUUCACCCCCGGAACGCGUAGGAUGGAGACCCGGAGGGACGUUUUCGAAGAUCGGAGGUUAAUUGGAGAGGAGCCGGGAAACUAGCUGCUGGGUUUGUACCGAGCCCAGGACCCAGCGGACGGAGGGGCUCAAGGCCAUCAUACCAAAGUAUGGCGGAUGUUAUGUCACGCGAUGUUGGAGAAUGAACAUACAUGAGUAUUGCGGAGUGGGAGAAAAUGGCUCCAGUACGGGAAGUGCGGUUCCAGCCGGCCCUUUGCUGGGAUGGAGGUGGAAUAGAGCGAAGGAUAAGCGUGUAGACUUGGUGACACUGAGAAAACAGUAUUUGGUACACACCAAAUACAAAAGGAAAGCAGAUAAGGUCCUGCCAGUAAACAAACCUGACCCAACAGGGGCGGCACCAGUUGGAAAUGGGGACUGGCGGUUGAAGGUUCUGAAGAAGUAUUAUUCGAGCCAGUGGUCAAGAGUGGAGGAGGUCAAAGGGGAAUUUCAAAGGAGUGUCAUUCCCAAAAUAUCAGGGAUCGCGAGAGGGUCACGGUUGACACCGGAACGGGUGACACGAUUAAAAAUAGGGUUGAUAAAACCAAAGGAGAGAGAGCUCCUUAUGGAGGUGUUAUAUGCGCGGGAAGCAGCUCUAGCUUGGUCGUUCGCGGAGAUAGGGCAGGUGCGCGAAGAGGUCUGCCCGCCAGUGGUGAUACGGACAGUUCCCCAUGAACCAUGGCAGGAGAAAGGAUUCCCAGUACCAAGGGCACUGAGGCCAAUUGCGGCAAAGAUGUGCCAGGAGAGGAUGGAAAACAGGGUUCUG